AUGAUCCGUAUUUUCCUUCAGUUGCUCGUCAUAGCACUAAUCUUUGUUCCUAGCGCAUUGUCGAUUUUGCAUGUUCAGAUGCGUGUCAUCAGUGGCAUUCCAAAUGAUCCUAACCCGUUGCGACUUCAGUGCAAAUCCGGAGAUGAUGAUUUGGGAAUGCACGAGCUCAAAACUGGUGAGGCAUUGGAUUGGCAUUUCGGAAUCAAUAUCUUCGGCAGAACUCUCUUCUUCUGCCAUUUCUACUGGGGAGCCAAAGACCAAGUUUUCGAUGUAUUCAAUACUCACAUGGAUAUUAAAGAUUGCUUACCUUCGAAAGUUAAACAUAGAGAUUACUCAUGCUAUUGGUUAGCGAAACCAGAUGGUUUCUAUAUCAGUAAUGGCGAGAAAAUUUGGAAGAAAAUGCAUGACUGGCCUGUCUAA